UAACUGCAGUGAACCAUCUGUGAUUUAUUGAUGCAGUGAACCUUGCAUGAUUUUCUUAACUGCAGUGAACCAUGGUCCUCACUUUCUUACUGAUAAACCCCUUUGUUGUUUUCCGCAUUGCCACAUCUGGGUUUUACCAAUCAAAAUGAUUUCCUCAAAUUCUCAGGUUUUGGAAGAUACGAUUCUGGGUAAAUGGAAAGUUUGAUUCUUUUGGAACCCUAAUUUUGCUCUGUAUUUGAAGUUCAAAAUGGUUACUUGUUUGUCAACAAAUUUUGUACAUUCUAAUGCUAGAAAUUCAGCAGCGUUGCCGAGUGUUAGUGUUAGAGGAAGGACAUUCCCUAGGAGAGUUAAUUUCAUGAAAAAUUUUGAUGGCAAAAAUGGUGUAAGUAAGUUAGGUUUAGUUCAAGUUAAGUGUUCAAAUCAUAGCCAAGACCCUUUUCUACAUCUACAUCCAGAGGUUUCGAUGCUUAGAGGUGAGGCGAGCAAGACGGGGAAUAUUCCAAGAAAGGGUAGUUUAGGUGAGGAUUUGUCCGAGAGGUUAGAAGAUACGUCUAGCCAAAGUAAUUACAAUCAGGCAAAGAUUAAGGUUAUUGGCGUGGGAGGUGGUGGAUCUAACGCGGUUAAUCGCAUGAUUGAGAGUUCGAUGCAGGGAGUUGAGUUUUGGAUUGUUAACACGGAUGUACAGGCAAUGAGAAUGUCACCUGUGUUUCCUGAGAACCGUUUGCAAAUUGGUUUGGAGCUUACGCGAGGUCUUGGAGCUGGUGGUAACCCUGAGACGGGAAUGAAUGCUGCGAAAGAAAGUAAAGAAUCAAUUGAAGAGGCGGUUUAUGGAGCUGAUAUGGUCUUUGUUACGGCUGGAAUGGGCGGUGGAACUGGCACAGGUGGUGCUCCGAUUAUUGCGGGUGUUGCAAAGUCAAUGGGUAUACUGACUGUUGGGAUUGUGACCACCCCUUUUUCAUUUGAAGGACGAAAGAGAGCCAUUCAAGCACAAGAAGGAAUUACUGCUUUAAGAGAUAGUGUCGAUACUCUAAUAGUUAUUCCAAACGACAAGCUAUUAACCGCAGUUUCUCAAGCUACCCCUGUAACCGAGGCAUUCAAUCUUGCUGAUGAUAUUCUUCGACAAGGCGUUCGUGGCAUAUCUGAUAUUGUUACAGUACCAGGGUUGGUAAAUGUAGAUUUUGCUGAUGUUCGAGCUAUAAUGGCUAAUGCUGGUUCUUCUCUGAUGGGGAUAGGAACUGCAACUGGCAAAACAAGGGCAAGAGAUGCUGCAUUAAAUGCUAUCCAGUCACCUUUACUAGAUAUUGGUAUUGAAAGGGCUACUGGGAUUGUUUGGAACAUAACUGGUGGAACUGAUCUUACCUUGUUUGAGGUAAAUGCUGCUGCAGAGGUUAUCUACGACCUCGUGGACCCUAGUGCUAAUUUAAUUUUUGGAGCAGUAAUAGAUCCAUUACUCACAGGUCAAGUAAGCAUAACACUAAUUGCAACCGGAUUCAAGCGUCAAGAGGAAGACGAAGCGAGGCCCCUACAGGCUAGUCAGCUCAGUCAGGGAGAUACAGCCAUCGGUUUCAAUCGGCGGCCUUCCUCUUUCUCCGACAAUGGUAGUUUCUUUGACAUCCCUGAGUUCUUACAAAAGAAAGGACGCUCACGCUAUCCAAGGGUUUAAUACUUUUCUUCCCAAUGCCACACAUUUCUUCAUAGACGCAUCGAUUUUCACUUGGAUCAUAGAUAAGUUUUUCUCCGGUUUAGGUGUUACAUCCCAGUUUUACUCCUUUUUAGAUUUUAUAACUCAAGAUUUGUUCUACAGUUUCGGUUUGUUUAUCUAGACUUGUACUUGAAUAUUUGCAGCUUCUAUUUGCAGCUUCUAUGAUUUCUUUGUUGGUAUAUAUAUUUGAAUAAGUUAAUUAGCUUGUA